GAUAUAAUAAUGGUGAGUCUGAGCUAUUGGUUGUCGGAGCAUCCUUCAGUCGUAGGUUUCCAAUGGAGUUUAGCGCUGUGGGGUUCAACGUGGUCGUUCCUAAUCACCUCCAUUUCCUUCUAUAUUCUCACCGCCGUCGCCCUCCACCUUCUCCUCCUCCUAUUCUCCGGCCGCCGCCCGGUCCCCAUCGGCCGUCUCCCGGCGCUUCAUAGCCUAGCGUUGUCGCUCGUCUCCUUUGGGAUCUUCCUCGGGAUCCUGUCGUCCGCCGCCGCGGAAAUCCGGGAAACCCGGUGGAUAUGGCGGCGGAGCAAGACGCCUUUCCAGUGGCUGCUGUGUUUCCCGAUCGGGACGCGCCCCUCGGGGCGCGUGUUCUUCUGGUCCUACGCGUUUUACCUCUCGCGUUUCCUCCACGUCCUCCGCACCUACCUCGCCGUGCUGCGGCGCCGCCGCCUCUCCUUCUUCCACCUCUUCAACCACUCCAUCCUCAUCUGCAUGUCGUUCCUUUGGCUCGAAUUCUCCCAGUCUUUUCAGGUCCUUGCGAUUCUGUUCACCACGCUCGGGUUCGCGGUCGUGAACGCGUACCGGGUUUGUACGGAACUGGGGCUCCGGCCCGCGCGUUUUCCGUUCGUGAUGAACUGCCACCUCGUCUUCUUGCUCUGCAACUCCGCCUGCCACGUCGGCGUUUUGCUUCUGCAUUUCUGGAAAGGUGGGUGUAACGGAUUCGGAGCUUGGGUGUUCAACUCUGCGCUUAACACCUUUGCGCUUAUACUGUUCUUGAGAUCUUACGUUAAAGCUCGUGUGAUUAGAAGAAAGGCUAUGGCUUCCAUGGCGGCUCGUGAAGAAGAUGAACGAGAAUCCAUGGCUUCGCAGACCAAGAAUAAGCCGCUGACUUCUAAGGAACUAUAAGGAAUAGAAGGAUCCAUGCAUGCAUGAUAUAUAUGAUGGUGAUUUUAUUUUUUUUUUCCUUUUUUUUUUUUUUUUUGUUAACUGAAGAAGGCAGUCAUCAUAGUU